GGCGCCGCGCCCAGCCGAUGCCCACAGGCGCGCGGGCCGCCGAGCGCACGCAGGAGCCGGGCUCAGAGUUCUGAGGACAACAGACGGAAGGAAACAGACGGAAGGUGCCCCCACCUUGCCUGGGUGAAGGAAGAGGUUGGGGGGGGUGGCUCUUUCUGGACAUGUCUUCCAUCGCGACUGCUGAGCCCGAUGGGGACCAGAGGGACCAGCGUGUCACCAAGCUCAUUUUCUUCCUCUUUGUCUUCGGCGCGGUCCUGUUGUGCGUGGGAGUCCUGCUCUCGGUUUUUGGGUACCAGGCGUGCCAAUCUAAACCCCUCGCGCGCUGCAGCACGGUGCUGAAGAUCGCGGGGCCUUCGUGCGCGGUGGCGGGGCUGGGCGCGGUGGUCCUGGCCCGUUCCCGGGCGCGCCUGCAGCUACUCCACCGAGGGCAGCGGGGAGCUAGCCAGGACCCCAACGGAGCAUUCAUCUGUGGAGAGAGUCGCCAGUUUGCCCAGUGCCUCAUCUUUGGGUUUCUGUUCCUGACCAGCGGCAUGCUUAUCAGCAUCCUGGGCAUUUGGGUCCCUGGAUGUGGCUCGGACUGGACUCAGGAGCCUAUGAACGAGACAGACACUGGAGAGGGAGAGCCCCAGAUGUGCGGGUUCCUUUCUCUGCAGAUCAUGGGACCCUUGAUUGUGCUCGUGGGGUUGUGCUUCUUCGUGGUCGCCCACAUCAAGAAGAGGAACAACUUGCAUGCCAGCCACCACGCCUCCGAGGGCGAAGAAGGUCACGUCCACACGAAUGGCUCCGAGCCUGUCCACGUCACUGUCGGUGACUCGGUGAUAAUAUUCCCUCCCCCUCCACCGCCUUACUUUGAAUCUUCAGCUUCUUCAGAGACUCGAACCCCUGGAGCUCCCGGCUUGUUCCCAGCUGAAAAUCCACCUUCCUAUUACAGCCUUUUUAACUAUGGAACCAGAACUCCAGAGAGCCAGGGCGCAACUUCUGAGAGAGAGCGGGAACUUAUAUACACCAUUUCUGGGACCCCUUCACCCUCUGAGAUCUCGCACCCCACACAUCUCGCGUCGGACUUACCCCCCAGAUAUGAAGAGAAAGAAAAUACCCCAGCCUCACCGCUGGCUUUACCUUCCGAGUCUUCUGCACCUUGAACUGUGGACUCCAGUUUUAUAUGUAUAUAUCGUGA